AUGGGAGCUGCCUACACAUACGAUCGAUUCUCCGACCCGCAACGACAAAUUCGACUUCUGCACCUUCACUGCAGCGACGAUAGGAACUCGUCCUUGACCGGUCAAAUUGAAAUUUACAAUGUGCCCACGGAUGGCACAGUCAUGGAGCCUCGUUUUGAGGCACUUUCGUACACUUGGGGCAGCGCUACGGCUAACAAGCAAGUGUUCGUAAAUGAUGAGACUCUGAUGAUCACGGACAGUUUGGAGUCUUUCCUUCGCGUCCGUCGUCAGCCGCAGCAAGAGUUGGUCUUCUGGGUGGACGCUAUCUGCAUCAAUCAGCAAGACGUCGAGGAGAAAAGCCAGCAGAUCCCGCUGAUGGGAUUCAUCUACACCCUGGCGUGCAAAGUCACAAUAUGGCUGGGUCCGAGAUCCGACGACAGCGACUUUGGCAUGCAAUGGCUCAACGAACUUGGCGAGGACUCGCCGUACGCGAAGAUGCCAUUGCUCUCAAGCAAAUCUCUGCGAGCUGUUCAGAACAUCCUCCUCCGACCGUGGUGGACCCGGAUGUGGAUCGUUCAAGAGAUUGUGUCCGGUGGCUUCCAUUUCAAGAUGCACCACAUGCACCUCAUGUGUGGUGAUCGAGCUGUUUCCUGGAUGAACCUCGUCAUCGCCGCGGCUCGCAUGCGAGCGUAUCAAGACGACCAGCGGCAGUUCUUCCCAAACAUUGAUCGUAUCUUGGAGCUCGAUGCAUUGCGGGACAGUCCGCUCGGCCUUCGUCUUGCGGGUCCCUACCGUGUCUACGUCGAGCGGUCUCUGUAUUCGCCCGUGCCCAUGCUCGCUCGCUGCCGGCGAUACGACGCCACAGAUCCACGAGACAAGGUCUACGCUAUCUAUAAUCUCAUCUCUGAGAGCAUACCGGGUCUCGACCGGCCAGAUUACAGAGCCUCCGUAGAAGAAGUCUACACAAACCUCGCCAUUAGUCGAUAUGAGCAAGACGACGUUAAGCUCUUGACAUACUGUGGACCAUCAUCGCUUGAUGCUCCGUCGUGGGUCCCCGACUGGUCGUUGAAGCCGCGCUGCCGGCCACUGCCUACUGGGACUGGUUUGUACUCCGACGUCCCUUGGUGGUGUGAGCCUCCAGAUGACAGUGCACCCCAGACUGAAGAAUAUGGCCCAUAUAGGGACGCACUGGGAGAAACCCGGUCGAGGAGAAUUGUCCAAGGCUACAUUUUUCGUGGCUACCAUUUCCAUGGCUACAAUGCGUUCGGGGAGCAGAUGGCUUUCGAGAAGGCACUCAGAGUCGAGCGAUUAGAGCUCGCAGUGAACGAGACUAAGCUCAUGAAGGCAUUUGAAGCACUCUCGCCAUCAGCAGACGCCUCGAAGGGGCCAAGGCCGGGCGAGCUUGCUGAGUUGGACACAAUCGUGUCAGCAAUGGUCCGCGAGGUGUAUGCACGUGCAAGUAAGUCUACCCUGAGUCCGCAAGAUCAGCCGGGCCCUCUCAAAGAGGGCGAGCUCGUGACUGAGCGUCAACAAAAGACCAAGUUGUUGAGGAGCCUGGAAUACUCUUCUCCGCCGUAUGCAGCAGGGGGAGAUGUAUCAUUCAAGGUUAUUGUCGACAGCGCAACGGGUGAAGCAAACGUUUCGGGUGUACUCUGGGACACUAUAGAUACAGUCCACAGCGAGCCUUUCCCGGAUGAUAUUGAAGGGACUUGGCAGAAUGCGACCCUGUUCAUGGUUGCUGUUGGCCUGUGUAAGGCCCUCGCGACAAAUCACCAGGCUGCGAGGGAGCGAUACCCUGACAUUCGAUCGAGGAUGAUGGCAUUUUGGUCCACGUUGCUCGCGGGGCAGAUACUGCUGAUUGACCAGUCGCAUGUGAUUUGCGCGGGCGGAGAGAAGAUGGACUACAUGAACUGGCUGCCUGAGAUUGACAAGACGUGGUCAGAGCGAGCUCCACCCUUGACUCCAAUGACUAGCGGUCUUAUACACUUGCAACAAGUGGUCAACGACAAUCGAGAGGCCGCUGCACUGUUGGACUUGAAGACCUUCGUUCAGCACGACUGGCUGCAUGGCACAGAGAACGAAGACCGAAAAAGAGACGACGAUGAAUCUCACGUUAACGAAGACGUCCAGAACUUGUUGUUCGGCGACUGGUCCCAAGAAGAGGGCGCAAGCUACGAAAAGGAGCUCAGUCGACUGGGUUCUCUUUGGCGCCAGCAGCCGUACGAUCUCUACCACCGACCCUUCAGUCUACUCAACGUUGUCCCCGAUCCAUUCUGGGAAGAUCGAAAGGAGCGAGACGAGCUAGCCAAGCGAAAGACUUUCGAGCACAAACCACUGCCUAUGACAUCGCCGGGACCAGGAAUACAACCAGGCUCUCCAGAGUACGGCGAAUACGAAAAGAUCGCCCAGCGCAUUCAGGAGAGUGCGAAGAGAAAGAUCAGCCUCGAUCCACCUGGAACGCUGGACAUUGGUAUAGAACAGUAUGCACUUGGACGAAGGUUUUUCAUUACGGAGAAAGGGUACUUUGGCCUGGGCCCUGAGACUGUCCGCCCUGGAGACCGAAUCGCUGUAUUCUUUGGGCUCUCUGUACCGCUGGUUCUCAGAGACCACGAGGAGUCUGGCUUUCCAAGCAAGACGGUGUUGGGCGAGACGUAUGUCCAUGGUGUUAUGGACGGCGAGGUGUUGCAGCAGUGGCGGGACGGAUGCGUCGAGCAUGAGAACGUGCUCCUGCGAUGA